AUGGGCAAAUCCAAAAAACCCCGCAUCCCCAAUUACAACCAUGCAGACGGACCUGCUCGAAAAUCUCAGCAUCCUCGCGGAAAUGGCAGCGGCGGUGGCGGUAAUAGAAAAAUGCACACUUUCUCCAAGUUAUCGACCUCGUCAGGGUCGAUAGCUGGACGGGGGAAGAAUAAUAACAAUCAUAAUAAGAAUGAUGAUUCCGUGAAACCACAGCAGGCGAAACAGGAUGUUAAGGUCACGGUGCCGUUUGGGAAGAAGGAUAGGAUUUUGUUGGUUGGGGAGGGAGACUUCUCAUUCGCGCGUUCCCUAGCUCUACAUUAUCGAUGUAGGGACAUCCUGGCCACAUGCUAUGAUUCCAAAGAGACGCUAUCUUCCAAAUAUCCCCAUGUCGAGGAAACUAUCAAGGACUUCCUUUCUACUUUUUCAGGGAAGAAAGUAGAGGAUUCUGCCGGGGGGGAGAAAUCCCCCUUCGAGGAAACCGUUGGAAAGAGCAACGAUGAAAAUGAAGAUGAUGACGAAGACGAAGAAGAGACUAAACAACCCCCCAAGGACAACAAUGACAACCCCCAAACCCACCACGACAAACGAGGACCAAAAGUCCUAUAUUCAGUUGACGCUCGAAAACUCGGCUCUGCAGUCGGUGGUGGGAAACUCGUCCGCGCUGGUUUUCCACGACGCUAUCCGCAGCGCGUAGCGUGGGAGAACGCUAAACGCGGCGUUGAUAGCAAUUCCCAUCAGACGACUGGUGGGCCGUGGGAUGUUAUAUGCUUUAAUUUCCCGCAUGUUGGUGGUCUUUCGACGGACGUGAAUCGGCAAGUGCGUGCGAAUCAGGAGCUUCUUGUGGCGUUCUUCAAGAGUUGUUUGCCGUUGCUUUCUACGCCGAUGGAUGUUGAGGGGGAUGUGGAUUCUGAUGAGGAUUUCGGGUCGGAGUAUAGUGAUGAUGAUGACAACGAUGAGAUGGAUGGGUCUGAUAGAGCCAAAGUCCCUGCGAAGUUGGAUCGUUGGAAAACGAAGAUGACAGCACCGGGCCAGAUAGUGGUCACACUGUUCGAAGGUGAGCCAUAUACCCUUUGGAAUAUAAGGGACUUGGCACGACAUGCCGGUCUACGGGUUGUUACGAGCUUCAAGUUCCCAUGGGCUGCCUAUCCUGGUUACUCUCAUGCGCGGACGCUGGGACAUAUCGAGGGCCGCGAUGGUGGAAGAGGAGGGUGGAGAGGGGAGGAAAGAGAGGCAAGGACGUACGUGUUCGAGAUAAAAGGGAAUGAGAAUAGUAAGCCGGCUAAGUCGUCGGUUCAGAAAGGGAAAACAGGUGGGAAGAAGAGGGCCAGAGACGAUUCUGACAGUGAGAGUCCUUAG